AUGGUCGCGAUGAGCUAUCUGAGGAUACUGUUGGCCCUGCUCGUGCUCGUCUGCAGCGUGAUCGCUGGAGAGGAUAGUGUCCAGUCGGACCAAUCGGCCGCUGCUGGUGGGCAACGGAGCGUGGCCGAGGGUUCCGCUGCCACCAGUACUUCCGCUGACUCGUCCGGUCCAGCCGGUCAAAGUGGUGGCGCCGAAAAGAGGAACGCAAAGCGACAUCUUUCGUUCGGUUUUGGCCAUGGCUACGGUAGUGGCGCAGGAUUCUCGGCAGGAGCUGGUUACGGGUCGAGCGUUGGAGUAGGGUAUGGGUCCAGCGUCGGGUAUGACGGUGGAGCUUAUGGUUAUGGAGCACGCUUCGGAGGAUACCGAGCAGGCUACGGAGGUUACCGAGGGUUCGGAGGUCACGCUGGUUACGGUGGUUUCAGCGGCUAUGGCGGAAGCUACGGCGGGUACGGAUCCUCGGUCGAUGGAUUCCAUGGCGGAUUCCAUGCGCACUUCUCGAAGCCCAUCGUGACGGCCACCAUCAAGGAGCACAUUCCGGUGCCCAUUCCAAAACCUUACCCGGUGUUCGUGAAACACAACAUUCCCGUCCCGAUCCCGAUUCACAAGCCCGUCCCGUACCCGGUGAUUGUGAAGAAAACCAUACCGAUCCCGAUCGACCGGCCAUAUCCGGUGUUGGUCCCGCAUCCUGUACCGGUCAAGGUGCCGACGCCAGUGGUCGUGACGAAGCCGGUCGUUGCGUACACGCCCAUCGUCAGUGCGCCGAUUGUCAGCACGCCCAUCCUUGCCAGCGCCGGCCACAUUUCCGUGAGCGAUCACGGACUGCACCAGACGCACCAUUCGCAUAACCACUACGCUGCCACCGCUGCCGGAGCUAGUGGAGCGUACAAAGCGUACACUUCCGGUGCAGGCCUGUACGGUGGCCAUCAUUACGGAACCGCUGGUCACUUCGGCUCGGCAGGUUCCUACGGAGGAUCGGCACACUACGGUGCGGACUUUGGCACCGACGGUGGCCACUACUCUGGCCACCUGAGCACCGGCAUUCUGUGCGACCACUAG